UAUAAAUUUCAUCUUUCCAUCGGUAAAUUCGAGCUUGCACAAUAGCAACUGUGUAGAAAAAUUUCGUUUUUACAAUAGCAAAUGCCAAAACAAAUUCCGGCUUAGACAAAAGCAAAUGCAUAAGAAAAUUACAGCUUGUGUUAUAGCAACUGCCUAAGGGGAUAAACCUUAGUGAACCCAUUAUACUGUCUGUAACGCAGCAUGACUUGAAAUCACGUGGAAUAACUACAAUGAAUUUCGAUAUUUCUCAUAUAACCUUCCGAAGUUUAAAGGGAAUUAUUGGAUUGGCUGCAUUCUUUUGGAUUGUACUGGUCGUGAUUGUUCAUCAUCGUCUUGUGAUUCAACAUAAACAAUUGGAUAACAAUAUGGCAUCACUGCGUCAUCGAUCGGAACCACUUCUCACUGUGAAUUGCGAUAAAAUAACUGUAAAUAUAAGAGACAAACACUGUGCUAAAAGACUUCAAUAUUUGACUGAACUAGAAAAAUUGAAUAAAUGUUUUAAUAUGUAUGGGAUACACCAAAACAGUUCAGAAUGUUCUGUGCUAAAGUACUUGGUAUACGUGGAAAAAACCUGCCCGGAACCUGAAUCAUCUUAUCAAGCAUUUUCUCACCUUUCGGCCGCCAAAUCAAAACUACUGUUACUUGAAAACGGAAAACUACCAAUUGCAAAGUGCAGAAUUACUUUAGAAACGCUAAUCAACAAAAUGGAGGAUUGUGGCAGGGUGUGCGAGUGGGUGAAAACCAGAAUUCAGAAUCAUAAAUCUGAUUGGUUGGCAUCUAUUUCUGAAUUAGCCAAUCAGAAAGAGAUGGAAGUUGAUGGUGAUAAUAUUCAGCCAAUCAAAAACGAAGAAAAGCAGAAGUACGCGAAACGUCGCCGUCAAACGAUUAUUCUGCACAUGGGGUUGCUCACGAAAGAAUAUGGACUGAAUUUUGGAGAGGGUGCCUUUUCUGGUGGACCGCUUGGGGAAUUAGUGCAAUGGGCGGAUUUGGCUGCCACUUUGGAAUUACUAGGCCAUGAAGUCAUACUUUCUUGGUCACAAGAUCGACUCAAACAACUUUUAAAACCGCGGUACGACUUCGGGAAUGAUUGCAACAAAGCAGUAAUGGCGGAUAUUGCAUUCACGGAUAUGUACGGAUUAGAGCAAAUGAAAACAACAUUAGGAACAUUGUAUAAUUACAGAUGUAAAUUGAGAAUCCUUGAUGUUUAUGGUACGGAACCAGAAUUCAAUCAUCCAAGAUAUAAAAACAAAGAUUCAAGUUCUGGAACAUGGGGAGGAAAAGGAUUAGAUCCCAGACAAUUUUACACCCAUUUUCCACAUUCUCCCGAUAAUUCAUUCUUAGGAUUCGCCGUGCGGACAUCAGAUACCUUAGACAAUAAUGAUGUAAUAAAAGGAAGAGUACUUUUAUAUGGGAAAAGAGCAAAAUAUUUGGAAGGCAGAGGAAAGCUAAAGUUUCUGGAUAUUCUCCAUGAAUUCUUUGAUGAUAUUCAUGCUACGAUGGAAACUAAUAUGGGCGAUCAGCAGUUUUUGCCCGAAUACGUCACAAAUCAUGGUUCACUUGGUCAAGACGAAUUUAGAAAAUUGCUCAAAUCGUCGAAAAUAUACGUCGGUCUUGGUUUUCCAGUGGAAGGUCCAGCUGCUUUGGAAGCAGUGUCAAAUGGAGUGAUAUUUCUAAAUCCGAAAUUUUUGCCUCCUCUAGACGCACAUCACGGAAAACCAACAAGCCGACGUCUGACGUCGCAAAAUCCGUACGCAGAAAAUUUUAUCGGAGAACCGUACGUAUACACUGUAGACCUAAAUAAUUUCAGUGAAGUAAGAAGAGUUCUGAACAAAAUAAAGAAUUCAGAGAGAAAUCAAGCAAAAGUUAAUCGAGAGUUUACACAUAUUGGAUUCAUCGAGAGAGUGAAUUCUUUCAUUGAAAAUCAAGAUUUUUGUAACAGUCAGAUGGAAGCUGAUAUUCAUACUGGUAUGACUUGGAAACGAAAUACAUCAUUAUGGCCACCGAAGUCUUCACUAAGGAUAAAAAUGUCUUCAGAUGGAGAAUCGUGUGCUUCAGUGUGUUCAAGAUAUAAUUUAACUUGCGAACGCGCAUUCUUUCCGUUGAUUAACAACGAUGUACAAUUAAAUAGUAUAAAACAAAAAUGCACUGUAUUCGAAACUCUACCGGGAUAUUUGCAAAACGACAAACGAAGAACUCCUAUUUUUGCAAACGAAGUUUGUCACGCUCCAAGUUAUGAUUCGUCAACAGGAAUAUGUUUUAUUCAAUCAGAUCCGUUACUAUUCUCUUGUGCGUGUGAACAGAACAAGUCUGUAAUGAGGCUGUGUCCAUGCAGGACGUAUGCACACGAGCAAGUUGCUCUGUGCAAUGGCUGUACUUGAUGAAAUAUAAUGAAAAUUCGAAAGUUACAAAGAAAGGCGAGGACGGAAUUAGACGGGACGUGUCGGUACCAAGGAGUAUCCCUGCAUUGCAUUUUCAAAUGGAUACACGCCAUGGUCGACUUCAAUUAUUAUAACUAAAGUAUUCCUUAUGGAUGUGUACACAUACAACAAAACUAAACUAGUCGUAUUGGAAAGAUAACGAUGUAUAAAAACUCAUACGUGUAUAUGCAACUGAAUUUCUAAUUUCAACAUGCUAUUAUUGUGUUUCCUGGAGAACACAUUUUGCACUUGGAAAAACCUAAUUUUGUUAAAAAUUUAGUGAGGCAAAAGAACAAAAGCGAACCACGUGCAUGAGAUUAUGAUUCCAAGUUUUGAGAUAUUCGUCUGUUGAUUAUUGCAGUUAAAAAAUAUGAAUAAACCACUGUUCCACUUUCU